CGACACCAGCACACUACAGUCUGUGUUAUACCAGUGCGAUACACUCCGCUCGGCCUGAGCCGAGGAAACAACACCAGAAAUCCCAACCAUCCUCUGCACCAGCAAAUCCUUCCAGAAAGGACUACAACUCCCAGGAAUACCCUGCGAGAGCCCAGCUCUCACAACAGAGCAGGCUGGGCGAAUUAAACACAGCAACAAGGGAGACCAGAGCCCCGUCCUUCCCCCCAGCAAAGCCUCUGGAGAUUAUGCUCUAAAUCCAGCAUCUAUUUGCUCUCCAAGCAGGGACCAAUCACCCCCUCCCCAAGCGCAGCUGUGUUUCUGUUUGCUGUGCUGCUUCCCCUGUUACUUUACUGAGCUGAGCACAAGCUGGGGUGUGAGGCUGAGUGUGCAGCCAUGAUGCGAUGCAGUGAGAGCAGAGAGCAAGCAGGCAUGAGGAAUGCUCAGAGAACUGAACCCUGUCAGAGAGUGGUCUGGAGCCUUCGGUAUUUUCCAGUUCUCUGCUGAGAAACCCAGUCUGGCCAGAGGAAGGGGAAGCAAGGAAACGCCUGGAGAGGUUUCUGCUCAGUACCUGAAGAAUCCACAAACAAACAGGAGCAGCAUCAUACAGAAUACAUUGAACUGCAGGGAACAGCUUCAGAAAGACACGAUGAGGAUGGUUUCUAGGGCUGUGAUAAUGGGCCACGCGGCAGGACCUGGUGAAAUCUGAAAGCAAAGAGGAACCUAGGAGAGAAAUCCACUCCUGGUGAAAGAAGGCCCAGCACACUUGCCGAUAUUAGACUAUGGAGACUAUGUGAUGUGGGGAGAGACUCCCAGAGCAGAAUCUUCCUAAUGCAGCCCCCACUAGACAGAAAUCCUAUGUGUCUGUACAACUCCUAGCACAACGGGGCCCUGACCAGGUUAAGUAUCAGUGUUAAAUACUAAUACUAGAAAUACCUUUCCUGUACCAUAAGCUGGCGGGGAAGGAAGAUGCUCAAAGCCCCGCAGAGCCCUGACCCGGACGACAGGCCGUACAAGUGCACUGAGUGCGAGAAGUGCUUCCGGCAGAAGAAGAUCCUCAAAGCCCACCAGAGCAUCCACACCGGAGAGAAACCGCACAUGUGCACCGAGUGCGGAAAGAGCUUCCGGCAGAAGAACAACCUCCGGAAGCACCAGUGGAUCCACACCGGCCAGACGCCCCACCAGUGCGCCGAGUGCGGGAAGCGCUUCAGCGAGAAGCAGCGCCUGCGGAAGCACCAGAAGACGCACACGGGGGAGACGCCGUAUGCCUGCACCGAGUGCGGCACGCGCUUCAGCCACAAGCAUAACCUGAAAACCCACCAGCGGGUGCACACCGGCGAGACGCCCUACAAGUGCCCCGAGUGCGAGAAAGGUUUCAAACAGCAGAACCACCUCAUCAGCCACCUGCGCACCCACCGGGAGGAGAAGCUCUACAGGUGCACCCAGUGCGACAGAUUCUUCAGGAAGAAGCCCAACCUGCUGAAGCACGAGAAGAGCCAUGUGGGGGACAGGCCCUACCGCUGCAAGGACUGCGGGAAGACCUUCAAGCAGAACAACCACCUGGUGAGUCACCAGAGGACCCACGCCGCAGGCAGCCUCUACAUAUGCACCGAGUGCGGGAAAAGCUACAGCCAGUGGGCGCAUCUCACCACUCACGAGCGGGCCCACGCCGGGGAGGGCCAGCUGACCUGCAGUGAGUGCCGGUGAGGGCUUCGCAGAGACAGUCUCAGAAUACACAGAGGAGAGACCAUCAGUAGGACGAGCAUGGUACAGCUUCGUGGAGCAGAUGACUAAGAAAAGACCCGGAAAAUCAACACUUUACCCAUUUAGAUGAUAUGCUUUUGUUCUGAGUUUGUACAGUGCCUACCACAAUGAGCCCUGGUCCAUAGCUAGGGUCGUAGGCACUCCAGUAAUACAAAUAAUAAAUCAUAAUAUACACAGUAGUGAAUAGGAGAGCUUCAUCGUGAAGCCAAUAGGAUGGUACAUGGCAGAGAAUCAUCCAUGCAGGAGAGGGACUCUCUAGGUGUAAUAAUUACUAGACAAUUUCAGCAAUAAAUCUAAUCCUAGUAGGACAGAUGACUCUCUGGAGGACAGACACCAUGUGCAUUAUGUGGAAAUCUGAGUAGCAAGAAGUGUGUUGUUAGAAUAGAUACAUGGAGCUGGAUAGAGUGUCACUAAUGAGUCCUCUAUGCCCCUGCAGGAUUGCUAGCAGAGAGAAUGAGUAUCAUUUUGUUAAAGUAUUUCUGCACAAUGCAUCAUGAAACAAGAUGGCUACAUGCUGCAUUGUAUGUAGUUACAUGAUGGUCAUUUUGUUAUUGUCCAGAAUAACCAUCAGGUUUACACACAAUAGUUGAUCAGUUUUCCAAUUAACAGCCUGUUUUCCUUUUUUGUUUAUUCAGGAGUUUCUUGGUUUGCCCCAGAACGUUUGUAUUUGCAUGACUUUCCAGCCCAUCCUUUUAAAAACACUGUCUGUUCCCCAUGGAUAAAGUUCUGCCUUAUGUUUUUUCCCCAAAGAUACUGAAUUCAAUUCCUUGUGGUGUCUGUUUUAUGGAAAAACAAGGGGAAUGAGCGAAAAUUGCUAACAUGAGAUUCUGCAGAGACCAACGUAUGAUGUGCCUAGUUCACCCCACUGGAACAUGGAUCAGUGCUGCACCGGUCGAGAUCCAUUCAGAGAAUUCUUGUCAUCCAGGAGUGAAGCGAGUGAGAGGGUUUCUGGGCUUCUGGUGAGACAUGGUCUAUGAUGGACACAGCUGUGACAUGACGUGGCUUCUCCUGCCAUUCUAGGCCCUGAUCCUGGGAACAUGCUCAUGUUUAACCUUUAGCACAUGAGCCGUCCCUUUGAAGUCAGGGGACGAUUCACCGGGUUAAAGCCAAGCACUUCUGUAAGUGUUUGAAGGAUCAGGGCCCUAAUAUGUUAAGAUAUUUUUUCCUUUUUGAGACUGGAAAUCUCAUUCGAGCCUGGGAAGGGGAACAGAAACAAAGGGAUGAAUUUUUAACUGUCCCAGCAAAGAACAGGGUGAACAAUAAUUGGUGAGUCAUUUAAACUCAAGGGCUAUUAAAGGGCUCAUUGAGCUGUCUCUAUUGUACAACAAUCCCAGGAUCAGAGAAAAGAUAAAUCAGUUUUAAGGGCAAUAGGGACCAUUCAACCAUCUAGUCUGAUCCCCUGAUCCCCUGUAUACCAUAGGUGAGAGAAUUUCACCCAGUUACUCCUGUACUGAGCCCAAGGAUGUUUUCAAAGAAGACAGACCAUCCUGAUUUGAAGUAUCAAAGAAUAGUGAAAUCCACCACUUCUCUGGGUAAUUUUUCCUAGUGUUAAAAAUUCAUGUCUCAUUUGAAUUUGUUUGGCUUCCGCUUGUGAUGACUUUCUCUGCUGGAUUAAAGAGCCCACUAGUACCCAGUAUUUUCUCCCCAGGAAGGUACUUCCAUGCUGUAACCAAGUCUGCUCUCUAGCUUCUUUGUGAUAAAUUAAACAGACUGAGCUCCUUAA